CAAACAGCAGGCGUCCAUUUCCAAAGAUCGAUCCCCUCUUCUCUUCUUCUCCUCCUCCAAAUUUCCAUCUCAACGCAAGAACAAGUGAGUUCUUGGGAACUCUCAUUUCUCUGCCAGGUACUUGGGGAAUACUUUUGGCUGGUCUCAGGGCAUCGACCUAUAAUACAUACCAUCUCAGUAUUUAUGGAUCAUUAUACUCCUAUAUCUGAGGGAGAGGGUUCAAGAAAGGUUCUCGAGUUAGCAGGUUCAGUUUCCAACAGGAAAUUUUGGAGGCCAUCAGCUCGACACUUGUCAGCAUUUAAAGCUGCGAGAAAUAUCUUGGUAAGAAUGUGGCAAACAGCUGCUGCGGAACUCGGAAAAGCCAAGUAUAUCCACAUAAAAGAUGCAGAAGAUUCCCAAUUGGGCAUCUAUGAUCGGCCUCUUCCAUGUUUUGGCUGUGGGAUCGGUUGGUUUUCGUUUCUCUUAGGUUUUAUUUGCCCAUUGAUGUGGUACUACGCUACCAUUCUCUAUUUCGGGAAUUACUACCGUAAGGAUCCUAGGGAACGUGCCGGCCUUGCUGCUUCUGCUAUCGCUGCGAUGACAUGCUCGGUUGUGCUGGUAGUUGUGCUAGUGUUUCUCUUACUAACCAGAUCCCUUCACCGUGUCUCCUGACGUCUAUACAUAUGUCAAGAAUUUAAGGAACUAUAUACUUGUAGAUAUGACAAUGGCCUUCCCCCCUCAACACCAUAAAUCGAGUUGAUUGGUCUGCUAUGAUACCAGUGAACUACUCUCAGCCUAUAUCAUACGCAUCCAUUUCUAUCUGUAACUUUGUUUCCAUCGUGAGGUUUAAGUUUGAGAUUUUCUUUGGAAAUUUUUUGUAAGAAACACAUUCAUUGAUUUGGAUCGCAACCGACAAUAAUAGUGAUAAGGUAUGUGGGUAUUCAGGACACUGAAUUUAUUUUGCAGACGUGGUAACCUUGAGUCCCUUGACCUUACAUAUGUGGAAUUAGCUGGUAGAUUUGUCU